AUGGGGCAGCCUAUGUGUCUGCAGAAAAAUUUGGUCCGCGGCGGGUUCCAGCCGCGCCUUCCGACUUCGCUGCCGCCCCCAGGGCAGCAGCAGCAGCCGUCGCCGCUACCACGCCGACAGCCCGUCCCGUUGAUGCCUCCCGCGCAGCUUCAUUCGGGAGCGCCCCAGGUGGUCGCUCCGGCGCCUGCGGUCCCUCUUCAGUCUCCACCGCCUUCGGAGCUGAUGGACGUCGACCCCUCAGCCGGGCCGCCUUCCCAAGCGGUGGCUGUGCAGCCUGUCCUGCAGCCACUUUCCUUGGGCUCCCCCAAGGAGUCUGACACCGCAGCGCCUUGUCCGGCGCCCACUCAGCAGCCGUCGACGCAGCGUCAGGAGACGCUGCCUCUCUUCGUGGGUCCCGACGCCCCGUCGCGUCCAGUACCAGAAGCUGCGGCCGUGGUCACAGGCGUGCACCCUGACCUCGGUUUUCAGGGCACAUCUUCUAGUAGGUCUUGGGGGAUGUUAUGA